AUGCUUAAACAUAUCUUUCCUAUCUAUCUAUCUCUUCUUUUAGGCUGCCACACUACAGCAGAUAUUUUCUCUUUAUUGAUUUGGAUAAACAAACCACAUGUGGCAAAUCGUCGGCUUGUUGGAACACGGCUACUGUCCAUCCUUACUUAUGAAUAUCCAGAAACUGACUCUGCUGUCCAACAUUUUUUAGACGACAUGAAUAAAAAAUUCGGUGGUGAAGAUUUAAGACCAAAUGAUGACAAUAACGGUGGACAAAUCGAAGCCGAUGACCAUCAACAGUAUUCUCUUUUUAUUCCGGAAUCUUGUCAAAGAGACAUUACUUUCGACGAUUUAAAUUCUUUGUCGGACUCUGGUCAUCGUCUAUUGGUGAUUGUUCGAGAUCUGCUUCCUAAACAAUUAAAUCAUAAUUUAACUCUAAGAGAAGUCAUCACAUUUGACAGACUCAAAAAAGAAUUCAAAUUUUACCCUCUAAUCCGGUUUGACAAACAUGGGAAAAAAUCCUCAACAUGCAAUGAAAUAUUUUACAGUUUCAAAUUUCAAGAAUCAGAACAGCAAAAUAGAAUCGUUUUGAAUGUUCACCAGAAACAAGAAAAAAAUUUGCUUAGUACAAUGACCUACCAGUGGCUACAAGCACAACUGUUGGUUAAACUUAGCCGCUGGGCAGGUGAGGAUAAUUUACGAACUGAGACUACAUCUCUUCGGACAGUUUCUGUUGAUGCCUAUAACAGACUCUAUAAUGAAUUAAAAGCCAAAUAUGGACCUGAUCUCAUUCGGAAAUGGCCUGAAAGAACAGAUCCACAAAAAUUUGUCUAUGAAGACAUUUCCAUUGCCACUUUUCUCCUGCUCAUAUGGGAAGCAGAAAGACACGAAACUGGUUUGGCAAAACAAAGUUUUGUGGACUUGGGUUGUGGCAAUGGACUACUGGUUCAUCUUCUCACAUCAGAAGGCCAUCCAGGUCUUGGAAUCGAUAUUCAAAAGAGAAAAAUUUGGGAUAUUUAUGGACCAAAUACUAAAUUAGAGGUCAAAGCUCUCCUGCCAUCAGCAGAGAAUUUAUUCCCAGAAUAUGAUUGGAUUAUUGGUAACCAUAGUGAUGAACUGACCCCAUGGAUUCCUGUGAUUGCAGCUAGGUCUUCCUACCACACUCGCUAUUUUGUUCUACCUUGCUGUUUCCAUGAUUUUGACCAAAAGUUCUCAGAGAAAAGCCACGGGCUGAGCCAAUAUCGCACAUACCUGAAUUAUAUCCGAGAUAUUGGGAAAGUGUGUGGAUUCGAUGUCCAUGAAGACAUUUUGCGGAUCCCAUCAACAAAACGAGUUUGUUUCUUAGGGAGAAAACGGACGUACUCAGCAGACCAAGAAAUUGAAUUUGAUAAACUACGAAGUAACUUUAUAAAUGGCCGCUGCAAAAGACAAAAGCUUGAAACUUCUGAGACUUCUUUAAGCAACUCACAUCGUCAUCCAAGUGAGCCUGGAGAAGGCCAGGAAGGAGAUGACUCGUCAACACAAUCAAAACCAGAAAAUAUCUCAGAAUCUUGGACUUCAGAUUUUCAGCCAAGAAGUCUUCCAAAAACAACUGGAAUGUGUAAAAAUGUUCCUGGGGACAUUAAGACUCACAUUGUGGAUACUGUGAUAGAAAAACUGAUAACUGCUGAAAACGGUACAAUUAUUAAACUUUCUGAUGGAAGAUCAUGGCACAAGGGAGGUGUUUUGCCAUUAUCGGAAAUUGUUUCCUUAUUUGAUUCCGCAACACUUCAGCUUCUGAAAAAAGAAAAUGGAGGACUGCAGACAUUACUGAAAAAUUUCAGUCACAUUUUCCAAGUUUCUGGAAGUAGUGUUCAGCUGAGAGACUACAGCCAACCGUGGGGUCACAAAUCUCGAUCAAAAAACAAAGAUCGAACAAGAUCAUUUAAAACUGCUUUAUGUUGGUUCCAUGAGAACCAUUCUGAUGGUUGUCCACUUACUCAAGAUACCUGCACAUUUGCUCAUGGGCAAAAUGACUUGGUACCAAAAAAACAACAUGUGCCCCACACAGCUGAUAACUCUCUUUAA